AUUCUAAGAUGGCUGCGUAGUGCUCUAGAAGUAACGCGGCUGUUACAUGUCAACAUGUCUCUUCUCAGAGUUUGCUCCUUCGCCAAAAGCCUCGGUCGGCGCAGUUUAGCGGAUGUUCGCAUGUGUUUUGCGGAACGCUGCCAGCUGUGUGUCUUGGUAAGAAGCGGCGCAGUCAGACGGAUUUCAGGGACACUUUUGUGUCUGCAGAGAAGAAAUGUUUCAUCUGUAAUCCCAAAACCAGAGGAUGCAAAGAAACGUGUCCAUGAACAGUCUCAGUUAUUAGACGUCCUUAAAGUCAGGAUCCAGCAACUGCAAUCCGACUUCGUUUUAGAUGUCCAACAUGCAAAAGUGCAGUUUGUUAAAGCUCCAUCUGUUGGAGGAGGAAUUUCAUCUGGAAGAACUCCCAAAGGAUCCUCUAAGGACAAAAACGACAUUCCUAAAUCGGGACAGAUGGUUACAAAAGGGGCCUCUAAGUCUCAGCCGAGCCGCUGGAUGGAAAAAUUAUCUCAGGAGAAGAAGAAUAAACUUAAGAAACAGCAGCACCUCCAGCAGAAAAUGCAGAGACUCGUCAAAGACAAGGUACCAGGAAAAUCUAAAGGUGGAAAAAGCAGCUUAAUUCCUACUGGUACGACACAUAAAACUAUAUCUUCUGCUGCAAAGGGGAGCAAGGGUGACACGAAGCUGUGGGAUGAAAUUCGCGCUGCAGUUUCUUCAGCAGCCGCAGUAACUGCUGUUGCAUCAGCGAAAGCAGCCAUGACUCCUGAAACAUCUAAACAGAAACGGAAAGACUCAAAAAGUAAGGGUGCUGACAAAGAAGCAACAAAAAGGACAACCACUGAGUGCAAGGGCAAGGACGAAGACCUGGCUGAGGUUGAGGAGCUCGAAAAAAGACUUAAUCAACAAGUACGGCACUGGGCGUGUUCGAGUACCAUGGACAGCUUCCAGGAGAGCAGCAUGGGAAAUUCAUGCGGGGACAUUCAGCUCAGCAUUCGCUCCUACCUGGAGGCGUGCGUGUUUGGGGGGGAUAUUGAGCGCUCACACAAUUUCCUGCUCAGUCAGCACAGAGUGAUGAGUCGGCGUAAACAUCUUACCACAGAUGUUUAUAACAUUAUGAUGAGGGUUUGGGCCAAAAAGGGCAUGUUGAAUCAGAUCGGUCGCAUCUUUAUUUUGUUGGAAGAAGCUGGUCUGAAGCCAAACGUGGGCUCCUACUCUGCUGCACUGGAGUGUAUGGGUCGCAAUCCGAACUGCUCCCCGAAAGUAAUUUCGAGGUGUUUGAAUCAAAUGAAGGAGGACGGGGUGACAGUAGAUGAUCUGUUCAGCCAUUGUGUUUUCCAACAAGAUGAAAGGGACAUGCUGCUGAAGGCGAUUCAAACUGUAAAGCCAGACUACGAGCCCUGCCACACCCUGAAUGCAAGUCAGUGUUUCUCGCCGCUUGUGCAGGACUUCUACACAAAGAGGGAACAUCACACUUAUCCCAAACUUGACUUCACUCAGGAAGAGCUCCAGGAGCGUUUUAAACGUCAGCUCAGAGUGGAGCAGGCCUGCACCGUCACCAUAGACUCUGUUGAAGCAAUCAAGCCCGUCACUGAACACAUGGCCAGAAUGAGAGAACUGCUGGCAGAACAGCGGGCGCAGUGGCAGAAGGUCCUCCUUCAGGCGCUGAGGGAGAGCAAGCUGAUCCUGACCAAAACCAACACCAAGGACUACAAGCUUAACCUUUAUCCCUAUCUCUGUCUGCUGGAGGAUAAGGAGUAUGUUGACAUUAUGAUACAGAGUAUUGCCAGCCUGCCUCUUAGUGGAGAGUCACUAAAGAUUUUAGCUCGAAAUCUGGGCAACAGGAUCUACACCAAGUACUGUGUGCGACAGAAGCACCAGAAUCGGACUGUAGAAAAGCUAGCAAGUAUCUAUGAUGCCUACACAGAUCUGCUGGCCAAAGAUACCAAGGUGUACAAUGUCCUUCCAAGGGAACAGUGGUGUAAACUGGAGAUGGAGCAGCGUUCAGGACCCACUCUGCAGGGGGGCGAGGCAAGCUGGCCGUAUAUUGUAACUUUGGAGCUAGGCACCUUCAUGGUGGACAUGAUGGUGAAGAACCUUAAAAUCAACAGUGAUAUCCUGAACCCUGCCUGUGACAGAAAGCUCAUCCCCAUCCUUUACCACAUGUACGCCUUCCGCAGCACCAGACAGGUUGGCUUCAUCAAGCCUCACCCCAUCUUGACACAGAUGCAGCAGGAAGCCAUGGAGACCAUGCUGGCCUUUGAUUCGUCCGUGAUGCCGAUGCUGUGCCCUCCGGUUCCGUGGACAUCAGUGAAGUUCGGAGCCUACCUGCUCACUCCAGCCAAGCUGAUGCGCACAUUGGAGGGGGCCAUGCAGCACGAUCAACUGCUGGAGAAGUGUCAGAAUCUUCACCCUGUUUUUGACUCGCUCAACCAGUUGGGUAACUGCGCCUGGAGGAUCAACAAACCAAUUCUGGACAUUAUCAUCUCGAUCUUUAAUGACCGAGGGAGCGAUGAGCUGGACAUCCCUCCACCUCUGUCGGAAGCCCCUAAAAUACCCCACUUCAAUCCUCAAGACCCCACUUACACAGCCAGCGAGAAGGCCCACAUGAAACGAGAGGUGAUCAACGCCAAGAAGAAGUGCAGCGAGAUGCACAGCAUGCGAAUGGACGCUCUUUAUAAACUCUCCAUCGCCCACCACAUGCGGGAUGAGUUGUUCUGGUUUCCCCACAACAUGGACUUCAGGGGGCGCACCUACCCGUGUCCUCCGUACUUUAAUCACCUGGGAAGUGAUGUCACACGGGCGAUGCUUGUGUUCGCUGAGGGGAUGCCUCUUGGUUCCAAGGGUUUGGACUGGCUAAAGAUUCACCUUGUCAACUUGACGGGGUUGAAGAAAAGAAGCUCCCUACAGGAACGUCUGGAAUACGCCAACAGCAUCAUGGAAGACAUCCUGGAUUCUGCAGAUGACCCUCUAAAUGGUAAAAAAUGGUGGAUGGAAGCAGAUGAGCCAUGGCAGGCGCUGGGCUGCUGCAUGGAGAUAGCCAAUGCAGUGAGGUCACCCGAUCCAACAAAGUUCAUCUCUCACUUUCCUGUACACCAGGAUGGCUCCUGCAAUGGUCUCCAGCACUAUGCAGCUCUUGGCAGAGAUGUCAUUGGUGCAACUUCAGUCAACCUCAUGCCCUGUGAGGUUCCCCAGGAUGUGUACAGCAGCGUAGCGCAGCAGGUGGAAGAGUUGCGAGCUCGGGAUGCAGCAAAAGGCCUCAAGAUCGCCCAGGUGCUGGACGGCUUCAUCAGCAGGAAGGUGGUCAAGCAGACAGUGAUGACCGUGGUGUACGGGGUCACGCGUUACGGGGGCCGCCUGCAGAUUGAGAAGAGGCUAAAGGAGAUUGAUGAGUUUCCAAAGGAGCAUGUAUGGGAUGCAUCACAAUACCUUGUGCGCCUGGUGUUCAGUGGCCUAAAGGAGAUGUUUACGGGAACCAGAGAGAUUCAGGACUGGCUGACAGAAAGUGCCAGGCUCAUCUCCAAGUCUGGCCACACUGUGGAGUGGGUGACACCCCUGGGUUUACCAAUCAUUCAGCCUUACCACCGCACACGCAACCAAGUGCUGAAGAGUACCAUGCAAUAUAUAAACCUUCAAAUCAGCCAUGACGCUAAAGAGAGGCCCGACACAGUUAAACAGAAGAAUGCAUUCCCACCAAACUUCAUCCACUCUCUGGACUCCACACACAUGAUGCUGACUUCACUCCAGUGCUACAGUGCUGGCCUGACAUUCGUCUCGGUUCACGACUGUUUCUGGACCCACGCCCUCACCGUGGACACCAUGAACAAGAUCUGCCGGGAGCAGUUUGUUACCCUGCACAGCCAGCCAAUUCUGCAGGAGCUGUCUAACUUCCUGCUGCUCAAAUACUGCUCCACAGUCCAGACUCAAGCCAAGAACAAGAAGUAUCAGGAGUACAGGAGGCUGAUGUUGCUGCUGGCCAAAGUGCCCCAGACAGGUGAUUUUGAUCUCCAGCGGGUGAAAGAGUCUACUUACUUCUUCAGCUGAAAGGCCCGCGAGGUUGAAGCAGGCUUAAAGAGAUGAGUGGAAUUGACAGAGUGCAGCAGGGAGGCUGCUGGCCCGGGAGUCUCGGCAGGCUGUGUCUCUCUCAGACAGAAGGACAUUGAUCUAGCCGUGUCCUGCCUGCCUGGCCCACAAACUGGCCGAAGCUACUGGAGGCGUUCACAAACAGUGAACUCAUCUGAUUAACUGACUUAUAGACUGAUGGAAAAGGUGGGCGGGAUGUUCAUCAAGGUGAACAUUGAGAAAAUCAGCAUUGGAUGGGAAUGCUAAGUCU